UCGAAAUAGCCUAUCGCAACCACAAAUAGAGUAUUUCUUUCAAUAAAAAGUAGAGCAGCAUAUUAUAAGAAAUAAUGCCUUUUUUGGAAGACAUUGGGUCAUUAACAGUCAAUACACCGCCGUUGCCUUCGGACACAGAACUGGACCCGAUGCCUGUGCGUGAGAUCACACAAACUGACCACCUAAAUAAGCGCUUGCUCCAAUAUUACUUGCAAAAUAUCAUUAGAUCCAAUAAUAAUGAAUCACAAAACCCAGACAACGCCAUCGGAGCUGACGACAAUGAAUUCGAGGAGUAAUGUACAUUUUAUAUAUGUAUUUUGCAGUCAAUGGAUUUGUUGGUUGUGUGUAUGGCGACAGCUGGAGUUAAAGCUAAUAAAUCUUGAGAGCUCGUAAUAAAAA